CGUGCCCUAAAUACCGCUGUUCCAAAGUUCAAUGCACACAAGCAAGGACAAUGGAGGAAAGCCGGUCCUGAGGCCUCCGCCGGAGUGGUGCUGGUCCUGCACAGUCUCACCUUACAGACCCACACACUGACAACACUCCACCAGACUUCAGCACAAAACCUUGCAGAAGGGAAACUUCAGAAGUCACGAUCGGUUGUGUUUGACUCUGAGCAACAUGACCAUAAAAAAGACCGAGGUUCAGCGGAGGAUUGUGUCCAAAGAUGGCCACAACAAUGUGCGAAUCAACAACGUGGAGGGCAUGGUCAAGCUGUACCUGCAUGACAUCUGGACCACGGUGGUGGACAUGAAGUGGCGCUACAAACUGACCUUGUUUGCCUCCACCUUUGUCAUGACUUGGUUCAUUUUUGGCAUCAUUUUUUACUUCAUCAGCAUGGGUAAUGGUGACUUUGAGGACAUUCUGUCCUCCAACCACACACCCUGCGUCAUGAACGUACACACGCUCACCGGGGCCUUCCUGUUCUCUCUGGAAUCACAAACAACUAUUGGCUAUGGCUUCCGCUACAUCUCAGAAGAGUGUCCCCUGGCCAUCUUCACCCUGGUAGCUCAACUUGUAAUCACCGGCCUGGCGGAGAUUUUUGUGACUGGGGCCUUCCUAGCCAAGCUGGCACGCCCCAAAAAGCGGGCGGAAACCAUCAAGUUCAGCCAUUCAGCAGUGGUGUGCAGGCAUGAAGGCCAGCUCUGCCUCAUGGUGCGGGUCGCUAACAUGAGGAAGAGCCUGCUGAUCCAGUGCCAGCUCACAGGCAAGCUCCUUCACUCGAACGUGACGGAGGAAGGAGAGAAAACACUUAUUCAUCAGAGUUGUGUGAAUUUCCAAAUGGACUCCACCGGAGACUGCCCUUUCCUCAUCCUUCCACUCACUUUCUACCACGUGCUCGAUGAGAACAGCCCACUUGCGGAGCUGACGGCUGAAAACCUCCACACUCGGGACUUUGAGCUGCUGGUGACCCUCAAUGCCACCAUGGAGUCCACAGCAGCCACGUGCCAAAGCCGAACCUCCUACGUCCCACAGGAGAUUCUCUGGGGCUACGAGUUCAAGCCGGUGCUGUUCAGCACCGCUGGCGGUCACUACGUAGCAGAUUUUAACUUCUUUGACAAGGUGCAGGUCAGCAGUGAUGCAGCGUUUCUUAGUAACCACACGGAGAAGCUCAAGCUGGAGGAGUACGCCAGAGGGAAGCAACGAAACUGAGACAGCGGGGAUUCCGUCAGGACCCAAGUUUUGUAAUCUUUAGUGUGAACUUGGGAUGAGUGUGAAUUGUAACUGGGAACUGGGAAUUGAAUAUAUUUAGAAUAAAUUUGCUGGCAAAUAUAGCUUAUAUCUGUGAAGCUAAGCAGCCUCCCCCUAUUUGUGAGUGGAAGGUAUGACGUAUCUAAUAUUUUCUAAAUUUCCUUCUCUGUAUCUAUUCCACAUUUACACUGUUUGGAACACAAGUGUCCAGAUCUAGGUGUCUAGCUCUUCCUGCUAGGCUAUAAUGCAAACGACAAUGUGUGUGAUUAUGGGAAAACUGAUUUAAGAUGUACUUUUAUGUAUCACUCUGGGUGAAGAUUCACGUGUGUUUUGAACACGAGUCUUAUGGUUUUGAUUUAAU